AUGGCGAUUCCAAUGCUCCUUGCUCUAACUGUCUGCCCUGCCAUGCUAGGCACACAAGAGGCAAUUCGGCAGAGUCAAAGCAAGACGAAACGUGAAGAACAUCGUGGUAGACGGUGUAACUUGGUCGUGUCUUGCGUCAAACCUUCUAUUAGGAGUCGUGAUAUCAACAACAAGUUGGUUGUCUUGAAAGAUUCAAAGCUUUACAUUGCCAAUGAACACCCCCUCUACAACCAUGACCCCAAGAAUAGUAUCAGCAAAGGGUACGCAUUCUCGGGAUACUUCCUACCUUUCCCUGAUUCAGAAUACGAAGGUCUAGUCACUACCAUCAGUGACGACCCUCCCUUCUUGAACUGGAUCUACAUUGACAAGAACACGUACGAAGUUAAGUACGGAGUGCGCGCCGAUACUGAAGGUCACAUUACAGGUCCGUUUGACUGUACCAAGCAAGACCGUCGCAUGAUGUGCGAAAGCUGGGAGGGCUUCUGCGCUGUUGAAGAACUGCCAGGCAUCUGGGCACUUUACUACGAUCGAGAUGACGAUGGUCUGAGAUCAAAGGUCGCGAUGGGUACUCGAGUUCUCGAGGUAGAGCUUACUCGCCGAGAGAAGAAGGAGCCCAAGCCUGCACCUGAUCCCAGUGCGCCCAAAACUGUGGAUGAAAAGAUGAAGCAGCACAAGGAGCAGACUGCCAAGGAGGAGGCCGAGAAGGCUGAAUUCAUGGCUACCGGCCGUCAUCCUGGUGCUGAGCCGCCCUCGCCUGCUCAAAAGCCCGAGGUGAAGAACAAUACCUUCCUUGAUCCAGAUUCCAAGGAGGCUAAGAAGCAACGCAUCGCCGAUGCCCUUAGUCGUCUCAAUAUUGACAGCCCUACAAAGAGCGAGGGAGGUUCCGACGGAAGCAUCCUGACCAGUCUCAGUCAGGACUUUUCCAUCUUCUCAUUGGCCAAGAAGAUGACCGACACAACGAACAAUGAUGAAGAGGCCACAGUGGCAAGUUCUCUAUGGGGAGGCGAAAGAGAGAAGGGAAACGACAAGGACAAGGGGCAUAAGAAGUGCGAUUCAGCAAGUGAAGCGGGCUCGUACAAGAAGCCCACUGUCGAAGAAGGCUGA